GCUGGACUCAGGGGAUGAUGGGGAUUAUACAGCGGUGUGGUGGAGGUGGUUUUUGUAAAGUGCUGCUGGUCCGGUUGACAGCUCAAUGAUCGCGCUGUGGAGGUUUGGCUGAGGAUCUGUGCGCAGCAUGGGCACCGGGGAUUACAUCUGCGCUACGCUGCGUGGUGGUGCACCCUGGGGAUUCACCCUAAGAGAGGGAGAGGGGGACACCUACAGACCUCUCUUAGUUUCCCAGGUAGAACUAGGUGGUCGUGCCUUCCUAGCUGGAGUGCGAGAAGGUGACGAGGUGGUGUCACUCAACGGAGAGCCAUGUGCAUAUCUCACCCUUUUACGAGCCUUUGCACUCAUUGACACAUCGAUCGACUGUCUGCAGCUGCUUGUCAAAAGAUACUGCACUAUCCCCAAAGAAGACUAUGAAUCAGAUGAGACAUACUGUGGUGAGAGGGACUCCUCUGGUGAGGCUUUAGAGAGCACCACCAUCCAUAUCUUCUCCCCAAAGCAGAAGUCCCAAAGCCCAAGGAAACUCUACAUAUCUGAGUUCCAGGACGAGGCCUCUUAUGGGGAGUUGGACAGCAACAAAGAGUUCCCCAAGGGACCCCAGCUGCUUCACCCCCAGCUAUGUGUUCCUCCACUUGGUGAUCGGAGAGGCAGGGAGCCUGUUUUUGAGGAAAAUGAUGAAGAAGCACGCCGGUGCUUCUCCCCUGGGGACAUGGUUGAGCUCCAGGUGUCCCUGUCCGAGCAAACCUUGGACGAUGUGGGCUGCACCUCUCUUGGGAGUGCUCAUGGGAUUGAAGGAGAACUCUCAAACAAAGAGGCUAUUGAGACAAUCCACACCACUACCGCAUCACACUACGUGCCAUGUUCUGUCAGAGAGCCGCUCGGCCAGCGUGGAGUGGUGCUCAGCUCUCCUUUAAUGCUGGGACAGGUGGAGGUCAUUUUGCAGCAGACAGCAGCAUCAGGAGCAGGGAGGGGCAUCUUGAGUGUGGGUGGCCCCAGGGUCAGUGGAAGUGUUGGAUCCCAAAGUGAAGGGGAAGAAGGAGAAGGGCACUGCGAGGGGGUGUCUGGGUCUUCCGCUGUCUCAUUCAGAACUCCCUCAGAAGAGGUGACACCAGCAGAAGAGCAGGACUCUGAAUCUGAGGGCGAUCCAGACAAACCCAACAAGCAUCGGGCAAGGCACGCCAGGCUCAGGCGCAGCGAGAGUCUAUCUGAAAAGCAGGUGAAGGAGGCCAAAUCCAAAUGUAAGCGUAUUGCUCUCCUUCUCACGGCUGCUCGGUCCAACCCUAACAACAAGGGGGUGUUGAUGUUCAAGAAACAUCGGCAGAGGGCCAAGAAAUACACACUUGUGAGCUACGGCACAGGAGAAGACGAACCAGAAUACAGCGACGAAGAAGACGAGGAAAACGAAGACAACAAACAAGAAACUCACACUGUUGAAUUUACCCUUGUGGCUCCAAACGCUUCUGAAAUAGACAAGCAUUUCCUCACUAAUGCCCAUAGUAGCAAAGGUGUGCUAACUAUCAACUGGGACAAGGGUCUCCUUGAAAUUGAAAGGAACCUGAACAACCAAGCAGAGAUGGAAUGUUUGCCUGACACCAAGGGCAAGGGUGCCGUAAUGUUUGCCCAACGGCGUCAGCGGAUGGAUGAGAUUGCUGCUGAACAUGAGGAGCUUAGGCGCCAGGGGAUCGCCGUGGAAGGAGUUCAGAUUGCUGAUAAGAAGAUAGAAGAGCACUCCUAUACGCAGUCCAGAACAGAAGGCCAUGCUUACAUGGAUGUAAAUGUACACCAACAAAUCCAACACCAACAGCAGUACCAGCAAUAUCAGGAACAGCAGUACUAUGAGCAACAACAGAACUACCAACAACAACAACAACAACAACAACAACAACAACAGUAUCAGCAGCAACAGCAGUAUGAACAACAGCUUUAUCAACAACAGCAAAUGUAUCAGAAGCAGCAAGAAUAUCAUCAAGAGCAACAGCAAAUGCAGCACUAUUCUGCAAACAUCAAUGGAACAGUCCAACAUGAAAUGCAGAGUUCUCUCAACAAUCGUACUGCAAAACCUUUCUCAGUAGAAAACAUGGCGACUUCCUCUUACUCUCCUGCAAUGAGUGGAGUCAAUCAAGAUUCUGUGGGCCAAGGAGAGCAGAUAGCUUCCCGGGAUGAGCGCAUUUCUACUCCUGCAAGUCGAACUGGGCUUUUGUCAGACUGCAGGAGACGAAAUGCUGGCAAGCCAAUGUUCACUUUUAAAGAAGCACCAAAAAUAUCACCAAACCCAGCAUUGCUAAACCUCCUCAACAGAAAUGACAAGAAGUUGGGUUUUGAGUCAGGGCCUGAGGAAGACUACCUUAGUCUUGGGGCUGAGGCUUGUAAUUUCCUGCAGUCUCAACGAAAUAAACAAAAGAAUCCUCCACCGGUGGCUCCAAAGCCUGUGAUCAACCCCAACUCUCCUCCAUGGUUCCCACCGAUAGAAGAGAGCAACCAGGACAUGCCUCAACAAGCUGAAAAUAGUGUAUCCACACCUGCUGUAGCCCCCACCACAGAGACUACACUUGCUCCAGAACUAAAGCCAAACCCUGCACCUGUCUCUGAGCCCUCUCCCCCUCCUGCCCCCCAGAAAGCUCCUGCCAGCACCGCCACAGAGGAACAGUGCCCAUGUACUCUCCCGGAGCCUGAAUCUCAACAACAGCUUCUGCAAGUGACAGCUCAGGAAAAUGGUCAUAUGAAUUCUAUCCUUCAACCUGAGCCUGCUCCUGUGACUAGUUGGGCUCAAGCACAAACACAUCCACAACAGGAAUCUACCAAUUCUUGGCAUCCAGCUCAAGUGCAGCCCCAGGAACCACCUCAAAGUCAGUCCCCACCACAGCCACCUUGGGUGACGCGUCAUCCUACUCAGAUCCAAGCACAGCCUCAACCCCCUACAAGUAAUUGGACCCCUCAAAUUCAGCCAUCCUGGAGUCAGCAUCAAGAGCAAGCACAAGCCCAGACACAUGCUCAGCCACCAUGGACCAUGCGUCAAGAGCAACCACAGUCUCAUCCACAGGCCCAGCCUCCCUGGACACAUUCUCAUGAGCAGCCAAAUCUGCAGCAAAUGCAACCAACUUGGGGUCAACUUCAAGAACCAAUGCAGCAGCAGCCCCAGGCACCUUGGGCACAGCCAUCACAAACAGAACAUCAGAAUCAACCAACAUGGGUGCAACCCCUGCAAAAAUCCCAAGUGCAACCUCCUUGGGCUCAACAGGUCCAGGCAGAAUCCCAGCCACAGCCACCAUGGGUUCAGCAACCACAGCAUCAGGCUCCACAACAAGCAUGGCCACAGGCCCAAGCACCAGGUCAGCCUCAAACAUCUUGGGUCACAGUUCAGCCUCAACAGCAACCCUCAAAUAAUGCAUGGCCUCAAUCACAAACUCAAGUUCAGCCACCUUGGAUUCAAGCAGCCCAAGCACAACCCCCAGCACCGCCUCAAGCCAUUUUAAAUCCAUGGCCACCAGUACCUGCCCAGGCUCAGUCCCAACCGUCAUGGGCCCAGCACCCUUCAGAACAUGGUCAGACACCAAUAAAUUCUUGGGCCCAAGAGCAAAAUCCGGCCCAACAGCAACCACCUUGGGCUCAACCAGUUCCUUCCCAGCCCACACCACAGCCAAACUGGCAACAGUCUACUUCAAAGACUCCACCACAGCCACCAAUGAAUGCAUGGCCUCCACCCCAAGCACAACCUCAGACACCUGUGAAUGCGUGGUCACCACAAUCACAACAAACCCCUGUGAAUGUUUCCACGUCAAUGGUGAACACUCGUCCCUCUCCAAAACCUUGGCAUUCGCCACAAAAUGCCCCACAAAACCGGACCCCUCCGACUCCACCACAGCGAAUGCACUCUUUUACCAUAGGUCAACGAGCUUCAUCACCUAUCAACCCAAUGGCCACGGUCUUAAACCCAUCAUCCCAAGGUUCAGCUUUUGAGAUGCCAGCUGUCAGAGGGAAAGGAGCUGAUAUGUUCGCCAAGAGGCAGUCUCGUAUGGAGAAAUUUGUUGUGGACUCUGAGACUGUGCAAGCAAACAAGGCAAGCCGGUCAACAUCACCAGUUGCUUCCCUACCAAAUGAGUGGAAAUAUACACCCAACGCACUUGGCAGGAGCUACUCCCUUUCCCCACCAGCCAGAGUACCAUCCACGGGCCAGAAAUCAGCUUCUGCUUCUUCCUCCCCCAAGCCUCUGACUUGGGGCACUACAACUCUCCCAGCAAGGCAGACGUCCUGGCUAGAGAAGGGCCGCAAACCCCUCAUGCCCUGGGAGGCCGCCUCCCGGCAUCCCUUGGGCCUGGUGGAUGAAGCCUUUGCUUUCCAGAGCCUCCAGCAAAGCCUUGCCACAAAUGUCCGCUUGGCAGCCCAGCGCAAAAUGCUGCCUGAGCCACCAGCAGAGUGGAAGGCCAGGGUGUCUUACGAAGCCCCACAGAAAACAGGCAGCCAGACUUGGAGCCAGAGCCAAAGCCGCAGUCAGAGUCGACCUCCACUGCCAUCAUUUGGGUCCUUAACUAGGAGCACUGGCUCCGCCCCUGCCGGUCAUGCUGCUUACAGAUCCCUACCCAGACAGUGGCAGCCUCAGAGGUCAGUUACACAGGCCGACCUGAGGCCCUCGGUGUCCUCCUCUGAGUUUAUUAAGAGUCCCUUAGGAAAACAAACUUACAAGUCUGUGUACACCAGCAACACUUGGAGUUGGAGACGAUAGGAUACAUCUUGACCUGUGGGUUUAAUGAGUCCAAUUCCCAGUUUCACUGAUUUCCCAACACAUUCAAGUGCAUUUUCUUUUUCUAAUUCAUUGAUACACACAAACAAAAAUAUUGUUAGUGAGGAGAGUCCGCUAAUAUAUCAUGAAGAGGACAUUUGAAAAGUUUGAUAGAAUUCUCCAGGUUUGGAUAUUAUCAUAUCUUUUUCUGCUUUUCUUUGCUGUUUAAUAGCUAGUGUAAAUAAUUUUAGACCAAAUCUGUGUAUGCCAUAAUCAUAUGUGAAAAGGGAUGAUUACUCUAACGAUAUAUGGAGAAAACAAUUACUUUGUAACAUUUAACUGACAACUUCGUAGUUUGGUACAUACACUGAAGUGGACCUGCAGUUCAUCAGAUGAGGCAAUGAGUAUGUUGUUUAGAGAGGAUAUAAUAAGUUUGAAUGGAUUUGUUUGUAUAAAAUAAGUGGAAAGUUUAGAGUGAUUGUAAAGUAGACUGAGAACAUUUUAGAAUGUUAAUUAAGAUUUCAGAAUGUAGGAAAUAGGUCAAUAUGGUGUCUUGACAAAAGAGAUACGUGAGGAUGCUAAAGAAAGAGUGUCCCUGCUUAUCAUAUAGUAAGCUGCAAGAGAAGACUGUCUCUUGAACUUUUUUCAUCCUGGUGUAAUUUUCUGUUGUGAAUGUACGCAUUUAGCAUGCCGUGUUUAAGAACUUUUCUUUGCUCGUUUCGUUUGAUUUUCAAUCCAUGAAACUUGAGAAUGAGUAUAUUUGCAGUGUAUCCAGAUCAGAGAAUCCAAUUUGUGAAUCAUGAGAAGUGAGGCUUAAAACUUGUGGAAAGGUUAGUGCUAUAACUCAGCAUGUUGUGUAAGCUAUAAUAAGUGAGAUGAAUGCACUUACCCGGUGCAUUUUAAUUAGUGCAUUAGCAUUUGGCCACUAACUAGGGAUGAUGAGAAGCUGAAAAUGAGGCAUCUUUUCUACCAAUAUAGUUUUUAAACACUUUUUUUUUUUCUUUGGGUACCUGGAAUGAAUUGGCACAUUCCAGUUUUGGUUAGUAUUGCAAGUUAAAGAAUGUCUAUUAGUCCUAAUCAUGACCUCAAUAAAAUAUUGUUUUAGUUUUUGAUUUACUGGCAGUGGGAGAAUUGCUUAUAGAAUGCAAUGUGUUUGGGGCUUGUGUUUGGUUUGGUUUGGGCUUUUGCUAUAGCUAGGUUAGUGUUUCCACAGAGUGUACCUAAUGUGAUUCUCACCAAGCAAUCUUAUAAACAUAAAUAAGAUUUAUCAUACAGCAGCAUUGUGUUGUGUCUCAAAUGACUCACCCAGCAUCCUGGCGUAGUGUAUCUGUGACAAUUACAUUGUGUUGCCUCCAUUUCAAACAACACGUAUUAUAGUAAUCUUAGAAAACCAGUAAUCAGUUUCUGUUCCAAACUAUUUCAGCUAUGGAUUCACAAAAAAAGAGUUUCACAAAAUAAA